AGAUGGAUUCUGGAGGAGAUCCACCACCACAGGGACCAGGAGAAGUUCAGAAGCUGAGUUCACUUACAUCAAAUGUAAAACACGACUUGAGAAUGUUCAUCUUUUUUCUCUCCAGCUCUUUGUGCACAUUCUCUAAACAAAAUUAAAACCUUGAACCAGACUGAGAGUGUUUUUACUACAGGAAGGAACUGUAGCGUCGCAUACAUUAGGCGUUGAUUUGACUUGCGCUCCAUGACCUCUUCCUCGGUCUGCCUCCAUUUUGUUCCUCAGCUAAAGCGAAACCUUGCCAUCAGUGCAGGAAACAGCGUCGACUCCCACUGAGAGCUUCCAGGGAGGGGAAAAACAUGGACGAGCAGUACAUCGGAGAAGAUCCGACUAUGAAGAUGGAGGAAGAUGAAGAAGCCAGCGUGGAAGGGCAGAUGCAGGCGGUCAGUGAUGGAGGUCCUGGAGAAAGCGAGGGGUCGAAGAUUGAUGCGAGUAAAAACGAGGAAGAUGAAGGGAAAAUGUUUGUUGGAGGCCUGAGCUGGGACACAACGAAGAAGGACUUGAAAGAUUACUUCGCCAAGUUUGGGGAGGUCGUAGACUGCACUUUAAAGCUGGAUCCAAUGACCGGUCGAUCCAGAGGCUUUGGCUUUGUACUGUUUAAAGAGUCCGAUAGUGUGGAAAAGGUUAUUCAACAAAAAGAACACAAACUUAACGGAAAAGUGAUCGACCCCAAAAAAGCAAAAGCUAUGAAGUCUAAGGAACCUGUGAAGAAGAUCUUUGUUGGGGGCAUUUCACCAGACACGCCUGAAGAGAAGAUCAGAGAGUACUUUCAUGCUUUUGGAGAGGUGGAGUCUAUUGAGUUACCGAUGGAGAACAAAACAAAUAAAAGACGAGGAUUCUGUUUCAUCACCUUCAAAGAGGAGGAACAAGUAAAAAAAAUCAUGGAGAAGAAGUACCAUAAUAUUGGCCUUAGCAAGUGUGAAGUCAAAGUGGCCAUGUCAAAGGAGCAGUACCAGCAGCAGCAGUGGGGUGGAAGAGGUGGCUUCUCUUCUAGAGUUCGUGGGAGAGGAGGACCUAAUCAAAAUUGGAACCAGGGGUACGGAAACUAUUGGAAUCAAGGAUAUGGAAAUUACGGAAACUAUGGCUACAACAAUCAAGGCUAUGGUGGAUACGGGGGCUAUGAUUACACGGGUUACAACUACUACGGCUAUGGUGACUACAGCAACCAGCAGAGUGGUUACGGCAAAUCUCCAAGGAGAGGUGGCCAUCAAAACAGUUACAAGCCAUACUAGCAUACUACAAGCAUAAACUUCAAAACAUACAUACAGGUAUGCAGUUGCAUUACUUAACCCAAGCCAUCCUUAGCCAUUACCUUAUUCUACAUUAACCUCAUAUGUAAUGUAUUUUGCUUAAUUUUUUAUUUUGUUUUUCUUUAAAGUUUUUCACAGCACCCUGGAGUGCUUUACUGUAGUGGUUAACAUAGAAACGUCUUUCGGGCAGUAAUGUAACAGCUGGCUUUUGGCUGUUUCUUGCCUUUUAUGUAACAGUAAAAAAAAAAAAAACAUAAAAAAUUUAACAGGUACAGUACUGCUAAAUGGGUACGAGAAAAUAAGGAUUUGCAACGAAAACACACAAAAGAAGAAUGUUGUCUCCUAACUCUGACCUUGUUUGUACCUGCCAGUGGGGACUUCCUUGCAGGCCAUGAGCUGACUUCCCGAUUCUCUCAGGCCCGCUCAAUGCGGACAGGGUACGAGAGGCGUACGCUCUCGAAUGCUCCCAUUUGGUAUGGUCUUCCAACAUCCUGUAUAUGAAUUGUCAAAAAAACAAACAAAAAACUCCAGAAAACAUAACGGAUACACCAGGCUUUAAUCCUUGCCUUUGCUUAUUUUAUUUUUUGUUUUUUUACAUUCUGUUUAAAAUUCAUGGCAUCCUUUUUUUAAUGUAAUUUUUUAUGUAAUACAACGUAAUGUCAUUUUUUACAGGUAAUGGUUAAAUACGACAGCACUGAAAAAUAACUGCUUACUUUUUUAAAGGAUUCCGCCUUCUCUGGAUUUUCCAGUGUUUUAAUAUAUGCCCUUUUAAUCUUAACUGUAAUGCUUGCUUUUCUUUAUUUAUAGACUGUGUAGCAGUAAUAGCCAGUAGUCCAUGAGCUAAAAAAAAACCUGGUUUGUACUCGGACACCACUACGCCGGAGAAUUGCUUAAUUUUCAUUAUUGUAUUGUGUCUUUUAAUGGCAGCGGUGAAAGAAGUUCGUUCUAACAAAUUCUCUUUUUUUUUUACUUAUUUAUUUUUUUAUUUAAUCUUUUUAAACCUGAAAAAAAUUUGCAUGAAAUGUUUUCUUACUGUAAAAUUUUUAAAUAAUUAAAGGUUAUAUAUUUGUGUCUGGGUGUAAAUUUAUUAAAGUUUAAUGCAUUUUUUUGGGAUUUAUAUAUUCUGGCAUUUUCAAGCAUUAUUUCUAGAUUAUUGCAUUUUAGUAUGAAUAUAUUUUUCUUCUAAAACAAGAUGCCUACCUGUUUUUUUAUUUUGAAAUUAAUUAAUAUUUUUAUUUUCUGUCUUUCAGGUGGGGAUAUUUUUGAAAGGUAACAUCUCAAGCGAAACAUCUUUGUGUCAAGGCAGAUGUUUAUUAAGGAGUGUUAAUGACUUAAGAAAAGCUUCAAUUGAACUACAGCUGCUGGCUGAUGUGCAGUAUGUUUUAUCUUUAUGAGCUGCCUAAUGAAGGUGGACGUUCUGAUCAACAUUGAACUUGCCUGCAGUUUCAGUAUAACAUGCUUUCUCCAGUCAAAAUCUUUUUUUUUUUUUUGUGUUAAUAUGCUUGUUUAUGUUAGUGAUUUGUUUGGUGCAUUAUUUUAAAUAUUCUGCUGCUAGGUCAUUAGUUAAUUUCUUCGCUAUAAAAGUUCGUGUCAGGAGGUUUCUUUGAGGCUUAGGAGUGUUUUUGCUACAAAACCAUUCAAAUCAGUGAUCUAAAUAAAAUAAAGUAUAUAAAUUCUGAAUGAAAUGCA